CUUCCUUCUCAGGGGAGGGGGAGGUACCCCCAAACCAGGCCUCAGGCCGUGCCUUUUGGGCCUUGGGGUCCCUUUAAGGGUUUCUGAUAAAGGGAAUACAUAUUUAAUUCUACAUGUGUUAACAGUAGCGAGAAUUGUAUUUGCACAACAGUGGAAAAAUGAAGAAAUCCCGACAGAUGAACGUGUAAUAAUAAAAAAACCAGAAUGCGCAGAGAUGGAUAGAUUAACACUCAGAAUAAAGGAGAAGGAAGAAACAGAAUAUUUUUUAACAUGGGAUUUAUUCUACCAAUGGUUAGUUAACAGAAACAGAAGUUGGAAACUUAAAAGCUUAAAAGAAUGAAGGUUACUAGUAUGGAUAAGCAAAUAUGAUUAUUAUUUACUUGUUAUAAUUAUAAUAAUUAUUAUUACUAUGUGAUUAUCAGUGCUAUUAUUAUUAUUACUAUUAUUACCUUUCAAAACCAACUGUACUCAGACAACACACUGAUCAUGUAGAUACUGAGUUUUUAUGUCUACUAAAGAAAAAUGUAUAAAUAAAACAUAUAAAACAAAAAAAAAACCCCUGAAUGCUAGCAGUGGUGAGAGGGAGAAAAAAAACCCGGUCUGCCUUCUUACUGGGAGGGUGCUUUAAUUGCAACUCAGCCAGCCUCGGAUGACACCGGGAAUUAGUCCAUCCAGUUGGAUCCUUCAUGUCUUGCCACUAAUCUAUCCGGUUCUACCUCGCCGUGUUUCUCCAGAUUUGGAGUUAAGAACUGUCCUGAUUACGCGAUCCAGUUGUACUACUAGAAAAUGUCUGGCUUCGGAUACAGAGCCUGUUGGUUUGCAUAAUUUCAACCCCACGCCUCUGCAAUUCCGGAGAAAACGUCUGAUCUGCGCAGAAUAGAUCCCAGCCCCUCCAGUCUGUGUCUGUUUCUCUCUCUCUCUUUCUCUCUCUCUCCCUUUCUCUUUCUUUCGCCUCUCUCCCUUUCUCUCUCUCCCACUUUCUUUUUCUUGCUGUCUCCCUCCCUCCUCCUCUCCCUUUCUUUCUCUUUCUCCCUUUCUCUUUCUGUCUGUCUGUCUGUCUGUUUCUCUCUCUCUCUCUCUCUCUUUCUCUCUCGCCAAACUGAUCAUUUAACACAGUCAUUUAGCAGGUCAGUUUUCAGCACCUGCCCCCUUAAGAGGCGCGUGUUCAGCCAUGGAAAUGGAAGACGAGACGGAGAAGAUCAGCAUUGGGACCGAAAGUCUACAGAGCAGCGAGACAACCGAAGAAGGAAUUCCAUCCAACAGGUGGCCGCAUAAAUGUGCCUCAUACGUCCUGGCUCUCCGGCCCUGGAGCUUCAGUGCUUCCCUCACCCCGGUGGCUCUCGGGAGCGCCCUGGCUUACCGCUCCCAGGGUACUCUUGACCUGGGGCUUCUGAUUGGCAGCGCCGUCACCGUCUUGGCAGUCCACGGAGCCGGCAACCUCGUGAACACAUACUAUGAUUUUUCCAAAGGCAUCGACCACAAGAAAAGUGACGACCGGACCCUGGUGGAUCAAAUCUUGGAGCCUCAGGAUGUGGUCCGAUUUGGGGUCUUCCUAUACACUUUGGGUUGCAUCUCGGCAGCAUGCCUCUAUUGCUUCUCCACCCUCAAAUUGGAACACCUGGCCUUGAUUUACUUCGGAGGACUCUCCAGCUCUUUUCUCUACACGGGAGGCAUCGGAUUUAAGUACGUUGCGCUGGGUGACGUGGUCAUCCUGAUCACCUUUGGGCCCCUGGCUGUGAUGUUCGCCUAUGCCCUCCAGGUGGGCUACCUGUCCAUCUCGCCCUUGCUCUACGCCGUGCCCUUGGCCCUCAGCACGGAGGCCAUCCUGCACAGCAACAACACCCGGGACAUGGAGUCCGACCGGCAGGCGGGCAUUGUCACACUGGCCAUUCUCAUCGGCCCCACGCUCUCUUACGUCCUCUACAGCAGUUUGCUGUUCCUGCCAUACCUCAUCUUCUGCGUCCUGGCUACCCGCUACACCGUCAGUAUGGCUCUACCACUCCUCACCCUGCCCAUGGCGUUUUCCUUAGAACGGCAGUUCCGGAGCCAAAGUUUCCUCAAAAUCCCGCAAAGGACAGCCAAGCUCAACCUCCUGUUGGGACUUUUUUAUGUCUUCGGCAUCCUUCUGGCUCCCCCUGGCUCCCUCCCCAAACUCUAGUCUAGGGAGACGUCAGGUUCCCUGAAAAUAAAAAGCUUUCACAGAAUACACAAACACACACAUAUAUAUACAUACAUGUAUAUAUAUAUAUAUAUACAUACAUGUGUAUAUAUAUAUAUAUGCAUGUAUAUAUACACACAUGAGUUUAUAAUCUUCACCAAACCACAUAAGAUUGGGGUUUUUUUUCCUGAUCCGCGAACGUCAGAUUUCCUGAAAUAUUUCCUUUUCACAAAGGGAGAAAUCAUCUUUAUAAAAGUCUCAGUUCUCUGAGUUUUGGUUCCUGCUUUUUGCCGUUGUUUCUUCUAUCGUCUGCGUUUCAUAAGUCGAAAGGUUCGCACUCCGAGUUAGAACUCCCCCCUCCCUCCAAGGCCACGUAAUAAAAUUCCCUUUUUAAAAUAGAUUUUUUUGGGGGGAGAAAAAAAAAUGCACCAGCAAGAAAAAAAAAUCAAAAGCACUAAAGCAAGUUAAUCAUUGCAUCUAAUGCCUUUUUUCCCCCAAUGUCUACUUUCUGGUCUUAAAAGUUUCUAUUGGAAGAGCUCUAGAGAUUUCUUGUGGUAUUCUAGGAAAAAUGACUUUGGAUCAUUUCCCAGCUGUUCUCAGCACGGGAGGCUGAACCCGGUACCAGAUAGUCUUUAGAGUUCAGGUGCUGACACCAUCUUCUUUGAGUAAGAAAUGCCUCACCUUACUAACACAACAGACCAUGGAGUGAUAACUAUAAAUUGUGCAAUCGUUCACAUCCUCUCUGAACAUCGCUGUCCACGUUGGAUUACAGCAUCAAUUUGCAUAUUCCCUCUGCCACCCAUCAUCACGUUGCUGGCAACAGAGUCCACGAGAAGAGUCAGAUAAGAUCUGGCAAUCAUCGUUUCCCAAGAGGCUCCCUUUGUCAACUUGCAAAGCUUUCAAACACCCUUGCUCAAACGCCAGUGGCCUGAACGAGAAGCUGAAGGGAGUCCAAAUGUCCCAUUUGGUGAUAAUUUUGAACAACGGGCAUCGCAUCCUUUGGGGAGGGAGAUGUGCCCCCAAAUGGACACAAAACCCAACCAGAUUUCUUGGCCUUUCUCUGUCUCUUAAUGACGAGAACAACGGUGCUUAUCUGGAUGGAGCUUUGUAAUGCUUUGGGCUGGAGAUAAGAUGUACCAUGGUUAUACCGAAGCAAACAAACGUGUGGUCAGAGAUGACUCCAUUUCAUGCAGGUGUUUCGAUGAGCAUUGAAGAGGUGCUGCUGGUUUAUGGUGGCUUUGGAUGGCGCCUCUCCAAGUGGCAGUAUCAGGAGGAUUUGAGACCAAUUCAUGGAUACGGUUCAUCCAUACCGAGGUUUGGUACCCGCUAGACCCAUGAUGGCGAACCUAUGGCACACUUGCCACAGGUGGCACCCGGAGCCAUAUUGGUGAGCACACAAGUUCAGCUCUGGCGUGCAUGCACGCGCCGGCCAGCUGAUUUUUGGGCCUUCCGGUCCCACUGGAAGUCAGCAAACGGGCCAUUUCUGGCCUCCGGGGGGAAGGGGGGGAAAGCCGUUUUUGCCCGCCCCAGGCUCCUAGAAAGCCUCUGGAUCCUGGGGAGGGCAAAAAACAGGCCUACCGGGCCCACUGUGCCGUCAUGUGCCAAAAGCGUGGGGAGCGUGGGGGGCACAUAGUAUGGGUGUGCGCAUGCGCACGACCCCCCCCCCGCACUCCCCCCACUUUUGGCACGCGAUGGCAAAAAGGUUAGCCAUCACUGCUCUAUACUGAAGCACACUGGCAUUUGAAAGGGAUUCUCCAGAUGCUUGCAGCUGGACACCAGAAACUUGAGCCUUGUUUGCUGUGGUUUUCAAGCAGGGGUGAAAUGCUACCGGUUUGGACCGGUUCGGUUGAAUUGGUAGUAAAAAAAAUGCUACCGGUUCAAGCGAACCGGUAUUUCCGAUGAUCAGCUAUGACGUGCAAUUUAUAUUAGCUAGAAUCGUGGGAUUUCCGGCUUUCUAGCUAAUCUAAAUCGCGUGGCACAGCGGAUUCUCCCUUCCGUCACUGUUCUACUUACCUUUGCAGAAUCGGAAGGUUUCAAAAUGUUCCUUUUUUAACGCUGUGUGGGCACGCCUCAGGUAGCGGACUCACAGAUCCGGUAGCUGAAGUCUAGGAUUUCACCGCUGUUUUCAAGCUACCACUAGUUUCCCUGCUUCCCUCUUCGUGCUGGGCUUGUUCGCCCACCCUCAUGCCUGUGAUUUCACACAAGAAUUGCCUCCCAUUUCAGGGUCCUGAGUCAGGUUUCUGUCCCACCAGACCCUUGCCACCCAGAUUCUAGCUUCCUUUCCAAUUUGGGGUGGGUGGGCAAGGCAAGGCAGUUUUAUGAGAAUUGAAUAUGCAUUCUGAAGAUCUCGGAGAAGUAGGUGCUUGUUGGGUUGUCACCGUCAGGCACUGACCUCAGACAGUUGGCUGUCCAUUGGCCACCAGACCAAAGUAUACUUUACAGACAGCAGAAAAAAUGUAGUCCUAUUGCAGGAUGUGAGAAAGAAAGGGAAGGAAGGAAGGAAGGAAAAAAAAAGUAAAGAAAGGGAGACAGAGAGAGAAAAGGAAAGAAAGAAAAAGAAAGAAAAAGCUGUUUUCCAGGCUCACAUUCUCUUUGUGUAAAUUUGCUCUGAUUCAAUUUGUGCCCUGUUUUUUUUCUCUACGCUGCCUGGAGUUUUUCUGAGGCUCCGUUCGCCGCAGCUGGUUUAAUAUGUCAAAAUAUCUCUUGUGUUUUUGCCCAGCCACCCUACGGAGGGCUGGCAGAAGAAUAAAGCUGUCUUGGCAAAUGCUAAGCCUCGCCGGAAUCUCUGGAGCCUGAUCUGGCCCCAGGACUUAACGCCGCACAAAGAUUUAAAAAGAACAUCUGGGACUUCCGCUCGAGCACUGUUUGUUUUUAUUGACACCUCCAUCAUUUUCAAUAAUAAAAAAAAUCCUGAUUAA